AUGGCUCCAAGCACCCCCUCGAGAUCCAAACUCGCGCGCAUCACGGCAGACGACCAUGUGCAGUUCCUGCUCAGUUGCAUCCGCCACGCGACCGGCGGGGGAAAGAUUGACUUCACCAAAGUCGCUAAUGAAUGCGGAAUCGUGUCCAAAGGAGCUGCAGCCAAGCGCUACGAACGUCUGCUGAAAGCUCACCAAAUCAACCCGGCGGGCGGAAGCACGGUCAACAGUACCACUAACAAUGAGAAGACCGGAGAAGAUGAAGCGGAUGGAUCUGAUAUUGGUGAGGCUUCACGCAACAACGGUAAAGGAGGAGGGGGAGGGGGCAGGGGGCGGAAGCGCAAGGGCCCUGCUGCUGCUGCUGCUUCGGUCUCUGGACAGAAGGGGAAGAAAGUAAAGACAGUGCAUGAGCGUAAGAAGAAGCUGGCUGUGGCUAGAGCGCACAAUUUGGUGGAGAUGACUGAUUCCGGGGAUGACCGGGUCAAGUUGGAGAAAGAUAGUGACGAUGAUGCUAGUCUUGAUGGGGACGACAUGGCCAGGGAAGAGCAAUUGACUGAUGAGGCGAACAUCAAGGAAGAGCCUGGGUUGGAUCUGGUUGGCUUGGGUGAUAUUGCUUCCGAAGAGGAGUCAAUUACUUAG